AUGGAGGAUAAAGAAAAUGUAAGUAAUUUUCUUUAUUGUUUUUGGUUUUUAGGUAAUACUGAGGAAACACCGCGUAUUGCCAAGCGGAACGGUGGGGGUAAUGUCGGAUUUUUGUGUAAAUGUGCUUUUGCUCUCGUGUGUGGCGUAUUGGAAUUUUCUGGCCAUAGCUUUACAAAAAAAUGCUGUGUUUAUACGCCAUCGUUUCGGGAGACUCGGAAGGAGUAAUAUUGCAAAUUUGAUCUCAAAGGCGCAGCACAGCUCUAGAAAUCUGAGAAUUUACAGCACUUUGAUUGAAAGGAAAUCCGCGGUCACAGUCCCAAUCAGAUAAUUUUCCGGAAAAAGCUAUGAAUUAUGUUGUACUGGACGGCGGAAACGUUGGAUUGCGAAAUAUUGCAUGUAGGCUUGGUUUUUGGUUACGAGAAGUUUCGACAUUGUGUUCAGUCCGAUAGAAAGUUUUUGAGCCGCUUAAUUAGCUUUGAAUUUCGGUAUAAUGCUCAUUGUUCAUUAAUAUUUCUUCAAAGCUAGACCGACAAUAAGCUGUCCAGGAGUUGGUCAUUUCUCUGCAAAGCUGUCGCUUGGUGUUGUCUUUCCCAUUAAAGCGCUCUGACCCGGACUUACUAUGGUAUGAACUCUCUUCAUCUUGAUGCCUCUAUUGUUCCGGCUCUCCUUGACCUUUCACUGGUCCGCCGCGGUUUGUCCGUCCAAAUAGCGCUGCGAGAUGGUUAGGCCGGCGGUGAUGGCACAAUUCCAAGCAAUGGCAUCGAAGAGGAUGUAGAUCAGAUUUAUGGAGUUCUCGGGUUUUUUGGGGGAGGGUCGCGGACGUGAAUUAGGAGUUGAAAAUUUGGCCGUUGUUUUUGAAAUUCGGGUUUCCAUGGCCACUAUAUUUUGGCGGGAAAACCCGUUGUAAAACAAGGAAAAUCGGAUAAAGGGAUGGUUAUUAUGCUGAUUAUCUGGUCGUUCGAAAGGCUUUUUAUGGAUUUCUCAAUGACUUGACAAUUUUUUUGUCUUCUUCUCCGUUCAGUAAGGAUUUAAUAAUCUUGUGCAUAAUGUGAUAAAGACGGAGGAUUUCGAGUUUCUGCUAUCAGCGAAUUGACGUCAAUAUGUGUCAUAGUGGUAUCUUGGAUAGUGUUAAAAGUUUGCAUUAGAUGAAUCCUCCUUCUAUCCUAUAAAAAGCAGUCGUUUGUUUAUUUGUUUAUCGGGUUUAUGGGUGAGAUUUCGCAUUUCGAAGCCUUGUGUUCCGAAAACGGAAGGGCGUUAGCGUUUUUGAUGGAUUCGGGCUCUAAAAUAUCCUGGUUGCUCCAACUCGUCCAAAGUUCUUGUAAAUUGCCUUUUGGCAGAUAUCUCUUAUCGUUCUCGAUAAGAGAUAUCUGAAUUCUAUCAUUCUGUUUUGCAGAUUCGCACGUUUUUAAACAAAUUUCGAACGCACUUCGUUUAUGGUGAAUAAUAUUUUGGUUGCAAAGAUAGGAAAUGGAAACAUCAUUUUCUUUGACGUUUCUAUUUUUUCUAUUUCCUAUCACUUUGAGAGUCUGUUUAUUCCAACGGCCUUCUCUUUAUUAGCAUCGAAUCAUUGCCCCGAUUAGAAAUGUGUUUUUUGUGGGUAUGAGUCAUCUUGGAUAAUUUUUGGUUUUUAAAAAGUUUAAUUUCCGUUCGACUCGCGCGUUUCAACACAAAUUGUUGUUUUUCGAAACAGUUAUGAGCGAGUCAGACCGAAGGGGACUCGCGCGUUCGAUCUGAUUGACUCAUCAACUCAUCAAACACUAAUUUGCGCUGAUAGAUAGGUGUUUUCCGAUCGUUGACGCUCCCCCUUCUCCACCUCGAAUGACCCGUUUACGAACCCUGAAGGCGUGGAGACUCGCGCCGCUUAGUCAUCGUUCGAAAUUUGCGCUUGAAAAUGGAGGAGUAACCGGGCUUCGACCGCCGCAGCGGACCGGCUGAUUUUUGUCGAGGUGAAUUGAGCGAAAAAACGCGCGCCGUUGCCCUCCGACCAUCUUCGUUUUGUUCUCCCCCCUCCAUCUUCUUCCAUAUUCUGGACGGGGCUGAAGUUGUUCCCUCCACGAUUUAUUUGUUCCGCUGGAUUUCAAGGGAUCGAACGGAUCUCUACCUUCCUGACUCUCCCCCCUCUUUCUCCGAGACAUAUUGAGGGAAAGCGAUCGCGCAGAUCGUUAUGGUUUUGAACUAUACGUUUCAUUAUGGUUCGGACAUCCUUUUGAAUUAUUUCUGGAGGGAUCGAGUUUUCUCCUUUUCCGAUCAUUUUCGGCUUAACACCCGUAAUUUUGCGUCAUGAAGACAAUAACAAGGUCUUUUGGGGGUAUGUUUUUAUGUCUAAAUCGACGACCUUUCCUUUUUUAUAGAAACUACUCGUAGUUUUCUUUGUAGAUCUUGUAGAAGGAGGAUCAUUUUGCACUAACAAUAACGAAAGGGCGAGAUCUCUGUAAAUAGUUUGGGGCCAAUUUUUAAUGCCGUUUCCCGGUUUGCAAAGCCAUCAAUUUUGUUGUCUGGAACAAAGACUUUAUUCCCCCUAACUUUGUUGUCCAUUCCGAAAGGAAAAGGCGCGCAAUUCCCUUCCCCCAACAAUUUUUUCUUCAUCUAAUACUCUUACGGGCUUUUCUGUGUUUUUGAAAUUUCCAAACAGCUGUGGCGUCCCCUUGCGCGCCUUGUGGCCAUUUUUUCCGAUGUGAAGGCCAUUUUUUUGGGGAUCCGUGGUCAUUGCGAAACCUCCUCUCACUCGGGCAUUUUACUCUCGAAUGAGUAAACGUACUUCCCCUUUUUUUGAAUGCAAGAUUAGGAUUUCUCGGCUCUAAUGGAUUUCCAAAAUUGUUUGAGUAGGCCAAUGAGGUUUGCAUGAUUUAUUCAUGGGCUUUAUCGUCCGUGUUAGGGAAGUGGACAGUGUUUUUCAAUAAGUGAGGUGGCCACUUUUGCUGAUUAGAGAGUUUAGAGGCAUUGUUUUUAUAUGAAGGCCAGCAUGAAGUUUCUCAUAUUUUCUCCUCACAAGGAAAGUACUUCUAUGGGUUAUGGAGUUACAGGUCGAGUCAUAUAUCAAAAAAAUCGCAAAAUUUUUCUGAUUCAGAAUAUGUAAAAGUUAGCUGCCUAAUUUUGGUUUGUAAAGGUGAAAAAAUCCUCAGAAGUUUUCUCGCAACACCACGCAAAUAGCUUUUUGACAAAGUUUUUACCAAAUCAAACACUUUGUUUUGAGCUAAAGUGAACCCUGGCAUCUUGACAGGCCUUUAAAAUAUCAAAUUUGAUUAAUACUACACCUUAAUUAUUAGUUCCAAUAGAAAAAAGGGGUGUUGCGAGAAAAGUUCUGAGGAUUUUUUUCACUCUGACAAACCAAUAUUAGACUAACUUUUACACAUUUUGAGUAAGAAAAAUUUUACGAUUUUUUGAUGUAUGACUCGACCUGUAACUCCAUACCCCAUAGAAGUACUUUCCUUGUGAGGAGAAAAUAUGUGAAACUUUAUGCUGGCCUUCAUAUAAAAACAAUGCCUCUAAACUCUCUAAUCAGCAAAAAAGCCGCCAUCUCACUUAUUUAAAAACACUGUCCACUUCUCUAACACGGACUCGACCUGUAACUCCAUACCCCAUAGAAGUAUUUUCCUCCUCAAAUUUUAAAAACUUUAGGGAUAAGUUUCUGCCCCCAGUUUUCCCACAUGCGGUCCCCAAUAAAAUGGACCCAAUGUGUUAUUCAUAACUGUUAUCCGGUGGAGAAUAGGUCUCUGAUCCCGAGCGAAAUGCAUAUUUCGUCUUUCAACGCUGUAGGGAACCCGCCCUUAAUGUCUUUUGACCCCGUCUGCCUUCGUCCAAAGCGUAUGACUCAGUGUCCACAUUGCAGCAAUCCCACUGAAUUCGGUUUACUCACUUUAGGCGGUUUUAGGAUCCUUUUUCAGAGCUAGGAUUUCGUCGAAAGCCUCGCUGAAGUUUUGUAAGCUUUAAAAUGAGUCUUAUUGCUUUUGGUAAGCUAUGUGUAUUAGGAUAUAAAUGAAAUGCAGCGGAUUACUUGGAUGAAAGAUGAAGCGGCCCGAUCUCGGAGCUCAUUUCCAAAUGACGGAAAGCUCAAGUUGUCUUUAUUUUUACAAUGAUUUCCUCGUCGAGAUUGCUAUCUGAUUUCCCAUUCCGGAAAGCGGCGUUUGGAACUUGACAAACCCGAAAUGCCAUGACCUCCUAUUCGUCUUUGUCGCUCGCGCGUCCUGACUCAUCCACGAGGAGGAAAGAAAGGAGAAGUCUUAACGCAGCGGAACAUUGCGCGCCACAGGGAUUAACGCGCCUCCACGGAUUCAAGUACAGUUAGCGAGGCGAUUGUUCGAAUUUUCUGUUUUUUCGCCUCCGAUUUGUCGUCAUGUUCUUCUUGUGGUCGAUUGCGGCAGGGCUUUCCUGGUUCGUCUGAAACAAAUUCUGAAUGGGAUUCGGAUUUUUGUUUUCUUGUUUCUUCUUGUAGGUUUGUUGAAGCUAACGGUAAAACGUCGUCCGUGACGGUUUGAAAGCCAUCAUUGUUGGUUUGUAUGCUAUUUGCGGAUGGGGUUUGACAUUCCCUAUACCGCUUAACUCGUCUUUUUUGCGAGCCGCACCUUGACCAUCAUGACUCUCUUUGUGAAGGUUGAAUCGUAAAUAUUUAUGGAGCAGUGGGGGUCUAAACUCUUGUGCAAGUGUUGGCUGACGUUUUCCGAUUGUAAAUUGUUCGGUUAAUUGGGAAUGGCUUCCUCUUGCUGCUUGCUUCUAUCAAUGAAAACAAUACGAUCACCUUGAUGAUUGCUCAAGCCUUUUUAUCAAGAUGAUCGUGUUGGUUUGACCCGAUGACCGAAAAUUAUGGCCCACGAAGGUGGUAAUGAUCGCUGCAUGCGCUCAUUUCUUCUUUUGUUUACCGAAAUGAUCGGAUAACAGAACCGGAAUACCCAGUUGACCUCGCGGUCAUUAGUCAGAGUUUUACAUCAUAAGAAUUGUAGGUGAGGACGUGAUCGUAAAGAGGUUUAUAAAGAAAGUGUGGUAGAAAUGGUGAUAAAGCGGAGGGAAAUGUGAUAAGAACUUUGGAAUGUGUUUGCUCUUUGUUUUUUUCGAUUAUGCAAGUCCUGGGUGGUUAGAUGUGAGAUUUAAUGUUCAGAUAGUUUGGAUUUUAUUGAUAAACUUGCACAUAAAGGAUAACGAUUUUCAAGGGUUUAGACCACAGUUUGGCGUGCAGGUGGCGUCCAUUUUAUAGGGUUAAAUUUUCGUUGGUUUGAAAGGUGUUUUAUCAAAGUGCACCAUCCUCCGAUGGACCUCCAUUUACCCCAAUCAUAACCGAAUUAGCUGCCGAUCUCCGCAAAGAGAGUUCCGGUCGGCCGACGUUGUGAAGGACACUGUUUGACAAAAGAGCGGAAUAAGAAAAGGCGCGUUUUCCUCGGAAAAGCCCCCCAAAAAGGUCUCGAACGCUCUUUUUCUCCUUACAACACGCAUCGUGAGAAGGGGUUUUAUGGUCCAGCGAUCGGAUUGAUCAGAACCGUUCCCUUGCAAGGCCUUGAUUAGCAUUUUAUUGGAUUCUCAUUUUCACUCGUCUUGUGAUUGGGGGCUCUGACAUUGAACUUGUGUGUUUAACGAAGCUUUAUUUGUUUUGAAUUUGUGGAACGGUUUGAGCCCUUUCCUCGUCUAUAUUUUCAUAGGAACGUCCAAAAUUUUGCCGUUUUCGAGAGUCCGUCAAAUUUGCGUAAAGCCGAGAAAGAAUUUUUACAUUUUUUCUUUCGAAAAUUCCAAUUUUUUCACCACGUUUUCUCCCAUUUUCAGACAGCACAAUUCCAUAGAAUGCCCAGCUCCGAGCAGGUCGCUGAGCUAGCGGAACAUUUCCCAUCAGUAAGUUGAUUCUUCAUCUUUUUUUGAUUGUUUUUUAGGCAUGGAAAAAGAGUGUUUACUACAGUAAUAUAAAACCUAACCUUUUGAAGUGCUGAGAUGUUUUUAAAGAUUUUCGGCUUAGAUCAAGGUUUAAAGACGUGAAAUAUGAAGAAAGAAAGGGAGGGGCACAUUCAUCGCGGAUAGAUUAAAAUCUCCGAACAAAAAUUUUGACUAAUUAUAUUGUAGUAGAGGAAACGACCGGAUUUUGGCGGAAAUGAAAGAAAAAAAGCUUGUAUAAUUAGUACUUGGCCUAGAGUUUUAUUUUUUCUUUCGGAUUUUGGAUUAUUUUUCUUGUAUUUUCAGCUUUGCAUCGACGGUGGAAAGGGGCAUGUAGAAGCAGCGGAUGUGCACGCCGCCCUCAAAGUUCUCGGUGUAGAUAUUCCCGGUUAUCAAGUAAGUUCUUGAUUGACUUUUUUGAAUUGUAUAUUUAGUUGCGAGAACGUCUUCAAAAAUAUGGAGACCCGAAAAGCCUCAGCUAUCAACAGUUUGCGCAGCUCGCAGACGAAUUGGCGGACGAAAAGAACGCCGAAGCCAGCCGAUGGAAGAAGAGGAUCGGGUCUGUCACAGGAGCCUAUCAAGUCCAAAGUGAAGCCGAGCAUGGCGCGGAUGAGAUUGUUCACACAAUUAGAGUUGAAGUAAGUGAAGUUUUGAAUUUUUUAUUUUGAAUUUUAGGAAGAAGUCGCGUUUUCCAACUGGAUCAACAGUAAUUUGUGUGAAGAUGCCGACCUGAAACGCCAUUUGCCGGUCACAAAUACUGGCGGAGAAUUGUACGCCAAAAUUGAAGAUGGUCUCAUCAUCUGGUAAGUGAGAAACUAACAAUUUAUUCAAUAAUUGAUGAGGUAAAUGAUGUUCAUAUUCAAUUUUCAGUAAGCUCAUCAAUCUUGCUGUCCCAAACACAAUCGACGAACGUGCCGUCAACAAGAAGAACCUCAACACGUACACAAAACUCGAGAACUUGACAUUGUGCUUGAUGUCCGCCCAAGCCAUUGGUUGUAAUAUUGUGAAUAUUGAUGGGAUCGACCUCAGCAAAGGAAAGCCACAUUUGGUUCUGGGAUUGCUUUGGCAAAUUAUUCGGGUAAGCUGUUUCGUUUGUUGUUCUUGGUUUUAGGUAUGCCGAUGCUGGGAGAAUGAUUGAAUUGAUGGGGUUGAUGCCGGGAGAAUGAUUAAAUUCAUAGUAUUGUUUGAAAUUUGUGUUCUGUAUUGAACGCUCACCCAUUUCAGAUCGGUCUGUUCCGUGAGAUUGACUUGGUCCACGUCCCCGGCCUCUUCCGACUUCUCAAAGAAGGCGAAACCCUGGACGAUCUGCGCCGACUCACACCCGAACAGAUCCUCAUCCGAUGGGUGAACUAUCAUCUGGCCCGAGCUGGCGUCCCCAACCGUCUGACCAACUUCACAUCGGAUGUGACCGACUCGGUGAUCUACACCCACCUUCUCCAUCAAAUUGCUCCACCUCGGACCGGUGUUACUCUGGCCCCGUUGAAUGUGCAUGGAAAUGUCCCGAGAGCUGGAUCGAUGCUGAAGGAAGCCGAAAAGAUUGAUUGCCGCGACUUUGUUACCGCCAACGAUGUGGCCAGUGGGAACUACAAAUUGAACUUGGCCUUUGUCGCGAAUUUGUUCAACAAAUACCCGAAUUUGCCGGAACCUGAAGCGGAUGAAAUUGGUGAGUCAUUUCGAAGCAUUUAGAGUGCAAUUUUCUUGUUUUUUAAGUCGUAUAUGGACUCUUAUGUCUUGUGUUUUCAGACCUUGAUGAGGUUGAAGUGGUGACGGAAACGCGGGAAGAACGAACCUACAGGAACUGGAUGAACUCCCUGGGCGUUGACCCGACCGUCAAUUGGCUCUACUCGGACCUGCAGAACGGCUUGGUCAUCUUCCAGCUCUACGAUUACAUCAAACCGGGCGUGGUGAACUGGAAAAGAGUAACAAAAAUCUUCCGCAAGUUGCAAGGCAUGAUGGAUCAGAUCCAGAAUUGCAAUUAUGCCGUGGAGCUGGGCAAACAACUCCAUUUCUCGUUGGUGGGAAUCCAAGGAAAGGACAUUUACGAUGGGAACCAAACCCUAACUUUGGCCCUUGUAUGGCAGUUGAUGAGAGCCUACACACUGGCCGUCCUAGCGCAAUGCAAAGGAGGCGACACGCUCGCCACGGAUAAGGAAAUCAUCCAGUGGGUGAACGAGAAGCUGACAGCUUCCGGAAAGUCCUCGCAGAUCCGAAGCUUCCAAGAUUCGAAUAUCUCGGACGCGAAGCCGGUUCUGGAUCUGAUUGAUGCCAUCAAACCAGGAACAAUCGAUUAUGAGCUUGUUCAACCGAAAGGAAGCGAUCAGGUAGGGAAUUGGAGAGGUGUUUGGAAAAAAUGAUGCUGUGAUGGUGGCUGGAUUUCAUCCAAAAUAGCAUUAAACUUCCGCUAGAACAAAUUUAUGGCUUGUAACCAACUCAUCCAGCAUUCCAACGGCUGGCCAAAGGGAAAAGGAUACCGUGGUAGUGGGUGGAUUUCAUUUUGGGUGACGGAUGAAAUUUAUGGCUCUUAUUCAUCUUAUCCAACCUUCCAAUGACUCCCCAAAGGGUUGGAUUGACCAAUUAAUGUUCCAAACGGCUAGCUAUUGAGUUGGAUUGGUAGCCGAAUAAACUAAAUGGCUAGCUGAAGCGCUGGAUUGGCGUAAAAACCCAGCCAUAUGACUUAAAUGCCAAUCCAUCGCUUUAGCUAUCCAUUUACAGUAGGGGACCUAAUCCAGUGGCAAAAAACGUACCAUUUUGCAUUCGGGAAGGAUCAAAAAUGCGGCAAAAUGCUACCUUCCAAAUGAAAAAACCUUUCCAAAUGAAAAAACUCCGAUUUCAAAAGCACGCCCGCACUUUUUGUGGGGGGAAAUGAAGCGCCCUUCAAAACGAAGUUUUUUUUUACUUGGAGGGGGAAGCGUUUUGCCACAUUUUUGAUCCUUCCCGGAUGCAAAAUUGUACGUCUUUUGCCGCUGGAUCAGGUCUCCCACUGUAAAUAGAUAGCUAAAGCGAUGGAUUGACAUUCAAAUCAUAUGACUGGGUUUUUAUGCCAAUCCAGCGCUUUAGCUAGCCGUUUAGAUUAUUUUCCUACCAAUUCAACUCAAUGAUUAGCCGUUUGGAACAUUAAUUGGUCAGUUCAACCUUUUGGGCAGUCAUUGGACGGUUGGAUAAGAUGACUAGGAGCCAUAAAUUUCAUCUGUCCCCAAAAUGAAAUCCAGCCACCACCACAGUAUCCUUUUUCCCUUUAGCCGUUGGCUAGCAAAUUCAUGGUUACGAGCCAAAAAUUAGUUUAGCGGAAGUUUACUGCUAUUUUGGAAGGACUCACAGGCCAUGAGGACCGCUGACCCGCAUAUUGGAAGCCAUUUUGGGGUUCAAUUCGACUUUUUUUAGGCCCACCUCGAGAACGCCAAGUACGCCAUCUCGUGCGGCCGAAAGAUCGGCGCCAAGAUCUACGCCCUCCCCGAAGACAUUGUGGAAGUGAAACCGAAGAUGGUAAUGACAGUAUUCGCCUGCCUGAUGGCCCGCGACUACAUGCCCAACAUGCGAGAACAGAACGGCUCGAAUGGCGAGCAAAAUGGACAUUGA